AUGAAGUUCUCCACGAUCCUUUCCACCUUUGCGUUGGCCAGCGCCGCCACCGCCAGCGCCAUCAACAUUAACAUGAACCAGGAGGGCUCCCGCCUCGCCUCAAGGUCACCAGCGGGCGAUUCCACUUCCGGUCCCGCGAGCCUUCCCCCACAGCCACCGGCGGGCCAGAAGUUCACCGACCCCCAGGAAGACGCAAUUUACAAAAAAUGUUGCACGCGUUGCAAACAGUCGCUCACCGCUCAAGGCACCGCUGAGGGCAAGAACUGGACACCAGAAUUGAUUGCGGAGACGUGCACGAAGAAGUGCGAGGAAUUGGUGGUACAGCUCAGGGAUGAGAGGAACAGGAACAGGAAAUCAAUCUGA